AUAGUGACUAGCACUGGGGUUUCCAGUCUCAUCUCCGAGUGUGUAGCAUUCCGGAUUCUAGGGUUCUUCUUUGUUCCAGGUGGGGUUUCGAUCGCCCAGCGCGAUGGACGACAGCAGCGGCAACAACAAGAAAUCCGACGUCCCCACCGAUUGGGAGCUUCUCUCCAUGUCCAUGACAGGAUCUUCCGCGGCGGACCUCAAAUCUGCCCUAGCAGCUGCCGAAGCGGCGCCGUCCCACGAUUCUUCCAGCGGCGUGGCGGAUCUCACUCUGCAUUCGCAAUAUUUCGGCCAGGCGGUGGGCGGCGGCUCGGCUCCGGGAGAAAUUUUUGCUCUCGGCGGGGAUGUGGCGAAGCAGGAGGAUGUCGCCGCCGCUGCUGCGGCCAAGGCCAGCGAGAUUUCCAGCGGCACGGCGGAGAUCGAGCAGCAGAUUCUCGUGUCGUCGCUGUCCAGCCCGAGGAGCGGCGAGACCGCCCCCCUGGAAUUCGGGGACUCCGGCCAGGGCUCGCGUGAGAUCAAGAGCGAGGGAGGAGUUGUCACGGGGGAGAUCGUCGCUGCCGCCACCAUUGUCAACAAGACCCCUGCCAAGGAUAAGAGUGGGGGCAAAGAAUGGAUCAAGAGGAGGCUCCAGUUUGUGGCAAAGAAGGUGAACAGGAGUAGCACCCUCUGGUCGAUUGUGGUGGUCGCCACCGUCACCGGCAUGAUCAUCAUUGGAAGACGAUGGUACCAGGAGCGUUUGAAGAACUUGGACUUGGAUAUGGAAUCAUUGAGCGCGGAAGAGAAGAUCAACGACGUAGCCACCGAAUUUCCAGAGUUCAGCGAAGAAACGCCAGCCGGGAGUGAAGCAGCAGCCGAGCCGACGUCGCUGUUUGGGAUCCUGCGGGAGAUCUGGUGAUCAAUCUCCACAGAGAGAGGGUGAAAAAAGAAUAGCGAGGUCCUCGCUCCAAGCUGUACAGGUCUCUUUGCUUUAAGCAUGCUCUUAGAAACUCUUUGAUUUGAUAGUAGCAAAAGUUCAUUGUGGAGAAUAUUUUCAACUUCAUAACGAAUAUUCACAUUUUCCUC